GACACUGUGAUUGUCCACCAACUGGGAGCCGGUCCAUAUUGUCCUAGUUUAUCUCCCUUUGUUAUCAAACUCGAGACCUUUCUUAGAAUAAACAACAUUCCAUAUAAGAACGAGUAUGAUCGAGUGAUGUCGAGUAAAGGGAAAACCCCCUGGAUUCAAUACAAUGAUGACGUCAUACCAGACUCGCACUUCGUUAUAGAAUAUUUAAAGGAAAAGUUUCCAGUAAAAAUAAACGAGAGAUUGAGUAAUGAAAAAAAAGCUAUUGGAGCAUCUUUUACUAAAUUAGUCGAGGAUCAUCUUUACUGGGGUUUGUUAUUAUGGAGGGCCGUGUACGACAAAAAGAAGACAGUAUUUCGCCUGGUUGGGCUGAAUUCUAUAAUAUUAUGGAUAUUUGAGCAGAAAGCUAAGUGGGCGUGUCACUGUCACGGUCUAGGUCGCCAUACCCAGCAGGAAACAAUUCAACUUAUUCUAGAUGAUAUUAGAUUCCUCUCUCAUACUUUAGGAGACAAAAAGUAUUUUCUGGGUGAGUUUGUAACUGAAGCUGAUUGUAGUAUUUUUGGUCAGUUGUGUCAGAUAGUGUGGCAGUCACCAGAUUCUCCCAUGGAGAAAACUAUAAAAGAAAAAUACCCAAAUUUAAUAGAAUACUGUCAACGAAUGAAAACCAAAUACUGGCCAGAUUGG